AAUUAAUUCAAUGUGUAUAACAAUGAUUUUAAAAUUGAAAAUUUUCAUGAACAUAGUGGGCAUCAAUUGGAGUAACAGCACUACCUACUCACGUGUUUUGAUCAUGUCUGCAGUGAGAUUUUGUAAUCUUUCUUACAGAAUUAUUCGCCAUAAAACUGUGACAAGGAGGUUUCUUCAAGUACGGGAGUUGUGCGCUCUGGCACAGCCUCCUUCAGACGCAACCAAAGUUUAUCCUCAAAAGAUUCACGACAUAGUACAAGAUAUUGCUGGAUUAACGCUCAAGGAAACGGCACAACUGAAUGAACUAUUAAAGGAGACAUUGAAUAUAUCCGAUGCUCCGUUAAUGGCAGCUGCACCUGCUGCACCUUCAGCUACUACUGAAGCAGAGAGUGAAAAGAAGGAGGAGCAAACGGAAUUUAAUGUCACGCUCGUUAAAUUUAAUGAUGCCUCAAAGAUUAAACUGAUAAAGAAGAUAAAAGAAGUGAUGGAAGGAUUGAAUCUAGUCCAGGCUAAAAAACUAGUAGAGUCUGUCCCCCAGUUAUUAAAGGAGAACAUCAGCAAAGAGGAAGCUAUGAAACUAAAAUCAGAUUUAGAAGCAGAGGGAGGAGAAGUGACUGUGAAAUAAGCAAACUCUGUCUUCAUUGUAGUUACUGUGUUAUAAUAAUGUGCAUGAAUAAUUAUGAACCAUUGAGCAAAGCUAUUUCGAUGCAAAAGCGAACAUCGCAGUUUUGACAAAUUUUUAAUUUUAAUAAA